AUGCUGCAAGACUUGAACAUUGCAUCACGAAUGGCGAGGAGGAAGAUACUAGGCUUAGAUCACGAAGAGACGCUUAGUAGCACGGCAAUGAUAGGUGCAGUUUUUCUUGCUGGGGCUCGGUGGACAGAAGCCGAAGCGCUGUUUGUGCAAGUGAUACAGACGAGAAAGAGGGUGAUUGGGGAGGAGCAUCCCGACACACUGAUCAGCAUGGCCAACCUGAUAUUGACGUUUUGGAAUAAAGGUCGGUGGAAGGAGGCCGAAGAGCUGGAGUUGCAAGGAAUGGAGACGAGAAAGAGGGUGCUUGAGGAGGAGCAUCCUCACACGCUGACUAGUAUGGCCAGCCUAGCGUUGACGUACAGAACCCAAGGCCGGUGGGACGAUGCCGAAGCGCUGUUUGUGCAAGUGAUGAAGAUUCACAAGAUGAAGCUCGAAGCAGACCAUCCUGACACGCUGACCAGCAUGGCGAACCUAGCGUCGACGUACUGA